UUAUACACACAAAUUUAUAUAUUGUGUAACUUAAUAUACGUACGAUAUAUACUCUAUGUUCUUAACAUAAUUCUCUAUUUCUUGCCCAUUUUUAAGAAUACUACUACUCUUCAAUAUCUUUCCUGAAGAUCUUCAGUGAAUGCUAAAAUGUAUAAUAUUUCAUAAUUGUUUAUUUACAUUUCAUUAUUUUUAACAUCUAUCUCCUUCAUCUGUUCUUUUCUCUUAAUCCUCAUUCUUUUUUCUUCUUUUUCUCUUCCUCUCACUUCUGGGCUUGCCAACUUGUUCAGUCAAUUUUUGCCCUUGUAUGGAGGUGAAUAUGGAAGAUGAGAAUUCAGUGAUGGGUGAAAGAAUGUUGAGAGAACAAUAAUGAAAGACAGGCCGUUCAUGAAACUGCUUUGCCCGCCACAAACUCCAUUUCAAUUGGAUGGGAAUCAAAUACCAACCCUAUCAGUGAAAAGCAAGCAGUCUGAAUGUUAAGCCAUGAGUUGCCCUCAGAUUGUGGAUUAGCAGAUAUCUCCAGAGAAGGACCUUCAAAACUUCAGCUACUCCUAAUGAAUCCAAGUCAGACUGAGUUAUCAUCAUGGGAUUGUUUCCUUGAUGCAUCUGAAAGUCAGAACACAUUUCAUCUACAAAGUCAGAGCAUUCAACGAGUUUAUUUGAAAGAAUUGCUUCACCCAGAUGACAGAAUUGAUGACAAUCUUAAUGAAUGCCGCUACUUUGUUAAACAGUUCGUA